GCGGGGAGGGGGCGGAGCCGCAGUCGGAGGCCGAGCAGGGAGAAGCCCCGUCCUGCGGUCCGGCCGCAGACGGACAGAGAGCCCUCCCCCCCGGCCCGGACUGACCAGCGGGGCGACGGACAGGGGUGACCGGAGGGUGACCUCCCUCCCCAGGUGCGAUCCCCCCCAUCCCCGGGUCCGAGCGGUGUCCGGAGGGUGACCCCCGCCCCCCUCCUCCCCUCCCCCCCUCCCCCACUUCUGUCCCGGUGCGACCCCCGGGGUGUCCCCCUCCUCGUCCGGCCAUGGCGAAGGACCAGCUGCGACCCCGCCUCUGUCAGAUGAUCAAGGGCGAGAACGGCUACGGUUUCCACCUGCACGGCGAGAAGGGCAAGAGUGGCCAGUUCAUCCGCAGAGUGGAGCCCGGAUCCCCCGCCGAGGCUGCGGCCUUGCGCCCCGGGGACCGCGUGGUCGAGGUCAACGGGGUCAACGUGGAGAAGGAGACCCAUCACCAGGUGGUGCAGCGUAUCAAGGCGGUGGAGGGCCAGGCCCGCCUGCUGGUCGUCGACCCCGAGACCGACACCUACCUGGACAGCCUCCGCCUCACCUGCACGUCCGACAUGGCGCAGCGCGGCGGCGGCCCCCCGGGCACCGGACCAGGGCCCGGCCGAGGAGGAGGCGAUGGUGACCUCAGCGAGGUCUGGAAGCCCCAGCCGGAGCCACCCGGGGGUCUCCGGAGACACUCGACCGGCCGGAGCUCCCAGUGCAGUCUCAAGGGCAUGAACGGCCAGGCCCGAGAGCUCCGCCCGCGUCUAUGCCACCUGACCAAGGGUCCCAGCGGCUACGGCUUCAACCUGCACAGUGAGAAGGCCCGGCCCGGACAGUACAUCCGCUCUGUGGACCCCGACUCCCCCGCCUCUCACGCCGGCCUCCGCGCGCAGGACAGGCUCAUCGAGGUCAAUGGCUUCAACGUGGAGGGAAUGCGGCAUUCGGAGGUGGUGUCCAGCAUCAAGGCCAAAGAGAGUGAGGCCCGGCUGCUAGUGGUCGAUCCGGAGACGGACAAGUACUUCAAGGACCUGGGGAUUGUCCCCACCGAAGAGCAUCUCAAAGGCCCGCUGCCACCCCCCGUCACUAAUGGGACAACUCACAGCCAGCUCAAUGGCGGCUCCACCUGCUCCUCCCACAGUGACCUGCAGAGCCCGGACAAGGACGCUGAGGACGGCGACGCGGGGAAGAGGGACCCCUUCCGGGAGAGCGGCCUCCACUUGAGCCCCACCGCGGCCGAGGCCAAGGAGAAGGCCCGGGCCCAGCGGGUGAACAGACGAGCCCCUCAGAUGGAUUGGAACAAGAAGCGGGAGAUCUUCAGUAACUUCUGAGUGCCGCUGUGCUCCCCCACCCCCACCGCCCCCUCCUCGUGAUCCUGGGCCCCCAAGGACCACCACGGCUGCAGGCCGGAGCCCCCGUGCGCUCAAUGUCCGUGCGGCCUCCACCCUUGCCACCCCCAAUUCAUGAUUCCGGGCCCUCGGGGACCUCCAUGGCUACAGUCUGGAGCCCCCUUGCACCCCCCACCACUGCCACCCCAUGAUUCUGGGCCCUCACGGACCACCAUGGUGGCAGGCUGGAGCCCCCGUGCGCUCUGCGUCCACGCGCCCUGCCACCCCAAACCCCUAAUUCUGGGAUCCCAUGGAUCACUGCAGCUGCAGGCCAGAGCCCCAGCAGGCUCAGUGUUCCUGUGCCCCUCGCCCUGCUAAAGCCAAAAUCCUGGGUCCCUGGGACCGCCGCAGUGGCAGCAUCCUCACGCCCUCCCCUAUCUCCGGACACCGCACCGAGGUCUGGGCUGGGGACGCUCAGCUUUUUUCAGGGGCGAUUUGGGGGUUUGGCCUUCUCAGGUCAGCAUCCCCCCCUUGGCCCCAACUCCCUCUGCUCCGGGGAGGCAUGCAGUGGGGCGGGACGGGCUGGAAUCGAGAGUCCCUCACGGUCACAUCACACACCGGCUCGGUCCCCAGCCUGUCUGAGGGGGGGGCCUGCCCCCAACCCCCCACCGAGAGACUCCCCCCACCCCCCGGCCCCCGCCUGCUCUUUUGACCCUCACUGUUUUCCCGACUGAAGGGGAUUAGGACUUUUCUCCCCUUCAUCUCCCUUCUGGGGAAGGAUCCGAUCCCGUCCACAUGUGUUUCCACGUGUUUCCAGUUACCGUGGACCCCUCCCCUCCCCCAGCAGGGACUCUGGCUAUGCUGCUAAGCUACCAGGAUGCAAUAAAGCCCCCUCCCCUGGUCAGUCUUCCCUCCUUCCCCCUCCAGGGACUCCCAGACUCCCUCUGGCAGGGAAAGUUAGCCACCAGCCCCCCACCCAGCCCUGGGGUUGGGAUGCAGAAGGGAGAGGGGGCUGAGUCCCAUAAGGCCGGUGAGGGAGCAUGGGUAGGAAAAGGCACAAAAUCUUCUGCCAUGGGCCAUGCUGGGGGGUGGGGGGCUGGGUAGGCCUCACCAGGGGGCUCACAUGUGCCUGGAGGAGACCCCCACUGCCCCUUGAACCUGGGGAGAACCCCUCCCAUCCUCCCCCGACUCCAGCACUGGCCCAUUCAGGGCUCUGCUCCCCAGUCUGGUCUCUGCUCCUGGUCAGCCCCCGUCCAUAUCCAGAGUUGGGGCCGGGGCAGCUGAGGAGGGGGGCAAACCCCUGCUCUUCUACUUUGCCUUUCCUUGCUUGGGCUAGCCUCCUCCUCCCUCCCCUCCGAGGCAUGGAGAAAAGUCAUUUUUCCCAGGCUGUGGGGAAGGGGCACUUGGUCCUCAGGGCCGCCAGCCAGGACGGCCAAUCCUGGUGAUGUUUCAGAUGUCUGGGUUCCCUAGAGUGUUUCUAGGGCCCCGCUCCUCCUGGCCCUCGAGUAGCCCCGUUCUGGGUCAGGCUUGUCUGCGGACAGAGUGGAUUCUAGGAGCCGGGCCGUGGCGGGAGAGGCAGUGCGAGUGCCACUCUGACGGGUGAGAGAGGAUGGUUGGGGGGGCCGGGCCUGCCCCUAGGCUUCCCCGGUGCCAGAUCUGGCAGGAACAAGAGUCAGAGCCAGCCUCAGGCAGGUGGAGGAAAGAAUGGCGAUGGAGGUGUGGGGUUCGAGGGACUGGCUGGGCUGGGGCAAGCGAGAAGGCCCAUAUAAGAGAGGGGGGACCCUCACAGAGUGCAGAGGGACCCUCUUGACGCAGAGGGGUUGCCGAUCCGCCAGAAUGGCUGGGCCGUGCCUGGUCACCCCUGCUCUUCUCCCUGUCCCCGCCUCUCCCUGCGUAGCCGGCAGGAAUAACUCCUGCUUCCGCACAUUUAACGCGAAAACCACCGCCCCUGUAGAGCUCUCUGCCUUGUAAAAACAAUGUAUAAUGACUGUAGCGCUGACCAUAAACUUGGAUUGCCAUGAGCAGUGGCAGGGUCUGA